AUGGAAUUGGCUACGAUAGUUAGCAGCAAUUUUCGGGCAAAGAGCUGGAAGUCUUCAGAAGUCGCUUCUGCUGCGACAAAUAAAAACGACCAGAUGCUGCAGUCUCCAAAGCUGAGACGAAUUGUGGCGGCUAAGAGCAGCGUGUCCAGGGCAAACACAUGCAAAGUUUUGCGACUUUGUGUUAAUAACAUAUGA